CAAGUACUGUCUCCCACAACUGAUCACGUGAUACUAUUUGUGCUUAUUUUAUGACUUGCAUUGGCCCAUCUGCAAUUGACCUCGUCGCCGCAAGGUUCCAACCUUUCGUGCCAUGCUACCCUGCCGACCGUCCCCGUCAAAAUGCACAUCCGUGUUUAAACGCCACAUAUCGCGGGCUGCCUCAAAACACCACGUCCGUAUGCGCGCCCUCGUCUCCCUAUACCACCAGUGCGACUCUUUUGUAACUCCCGAAAACCUCUCCCAGAAAAUAGACGAAACAUUUGUUUCUCAGACAAAUACCAUCAACUUAACCUCCAACUUCGACAAACGCAGUUUUGCAGAGCUGAGGAGGUUAGUCGUCGAAAGAGAAGAGGAGCCACGCCAUUUCUUCGGAAGAGGCAACAAGCCGCCUUCCACUGGCCUAAGGGUAUCACUGUCAUCUUCAAGUCCCAACAAUGACCGACAGAGGACGGCGAGGGCGAUGGAGGCACUCGUAGGGAUGAGCCAGGAUGGGAAGCCGUUGUGGACUGCAGUCCAGGAGAGUGCACCGGAAAUAGAAAAGCAACUGAAGGAGGAUCAACGGCAGGGCGUUUAAGUAGGUAAGCGGUUAACCUGAUUCAUAUUUUUGUUUAGUCCAAUCUUAACUGCGUGUCCAGAAGUGUCACUU